AUGAGUUAUUCUUUAUAUUUAGUUGCUGUUGUCAUUGCUUUUAUAAUAUGUUAUGCUCCAUUUCAUGUACAACGUCUAAUUACAAGUAGUUCCAAUGUUCAUCUCUUUUCAUUAAGUCAACAACGUGCAAUAACAAUAUUUUAUUUCAUUAGUGGUAUUUUCUAUUAUCUUGGUUCAACAAUAAAUCCAAUUUUUUAUCAUUUAUUUUCUCAUAAAUAUCGUGAAGCAUGGAUACGUACAAUGAAACGAAUUGUUUAUUGUCAACGACACCAUCAUCACCACCAUCACCAUCAUUACCAUCAUCAUCAUCAUCAUCAUCGUCAAUACAGUCAAAAUAAUAAUGAUCAUUUUCAUAAAACAUGUAAAUCCUCUACAGUAGCACGUCUGGUUGUAUGCACAAAUAUACCUCGACCAUCAUUAAAUAAAACAUCAAGAACACUAGAAACAAUCUAUGGAUCAUCGAAUAAAUAUAAAACUAGUAUUGAUAUGAAUUGUAAUAAACAGCAUGUUUUACGACUAUCAUUACCUACAUUUAAUACUGAACGAAUACGAUUAUGA